AUGGCUGCUCCUACUUACCAAGACCUCGCUGCCCAAAAACGCGCACAUCAAAUCGCCCUGAUUCCUCCUGAAUGGCGCUUGGAUUCCGUCCCAUCAGUCGAGUCCACCCCCAACGCGCUAGCAUAUCUCCGGGAGAUUCUGUCUCCCGCCGAACUGGCACUCACAGAAGAAACGAAUAUUACCGUGCAGCUCCACAAACUGUCUUCAGGCGAGCUCUCUUCUCUAGAACUGACACGAGCCUUCGCCAAGCGAGCAGCACUGGCCCACCAACUGACCACCUGCUGCACGGAGAUCUUCUUCGAAGAGGCAUUCAAGGUCGCACGGGGCCUGGACGAGCACCUCGCCAGGACGGGGAAGACAGUGGGCCCGUUACACGGACUACCUAUUUCAAUUAAGGAUUUGUUCACCGUGAAGGGGGUGGAUACAUCCAUUGGAUGGGUCGGUCUCACCAAAAACCCAGCCACCACCGAUAAAUCCGUCGCGCGCACGCUGCGUCGCCUCGGCGCCGUGCUCUAUGUCAAGACCAAUCUGCCGCAGUCGAUGAUGAUGUCCGACUCGUAUAACCAUGUCUUUGGGCAGUGCGUGCACCCGCUGAACCGCAAAUUGAUCUCCGGCGGCAGUUCUGGCGGCGAGGCUUCACUGAUCGCUGCGCGAGGAAGCGUGCUGGGGAUUGGAACUGACCUUGGUGGGUCGAUUCGCAUCCCGGCUAGUCUUUGUGGGUUGUAUGGGCUGUCGCCGAGUCAGGGGAGGCAUCCUUAUGAGAGGGGAAGUCCGCAACAGGAUAUCGUUCGCUCGGUGGCUGGCCCUAUGAGCUGUAGUCUUGCGACUAUCGAGCGAUACAUGGAGGCUCUGCCUUUUGCAUCGCCAUGGGAGGUUGAUCAGCACACUGCUCCGAUCCCGUGGCGGACAAACCUCGCUUGCCCCGGAGCAAAGCGUCUCAAGAUUGCUUUUGUGGUUGACGACGGCGUUGUCAGAGUACAGCCGCCCAUUGCAAGAGCCAUGCGAGAGGUCAUCCAUGCACUGAAAGCGGCAGGCCACGAGGUAAUCGAAUGGGACGCCUCCACACAUAACCACGCCUACGCCCUCUGGGAAAAAGCCAUCUUCUCCGACGGCGGCGAAGCAUGCCGCAAGAAGACUGAAAUGACCGGAGAGCCACUAAUCGAGGGCAUGCUAGUCGGUUCACCCGAAAACACUCUGACAACCAGCGAGACGCACCAGCUUAACGCAGAUAAAUACGCCUACGAGUCUUUUUACCUUGACCGGUGGGUUUCUUCUGGCAUCGAUGGUUUGAUCAUGCCCAAUACGCCAUGGGUUGGGUAUAAGCCCUGGACGUGGAUCAAAUCCCAUGCGUAUGUUGGGUAUACCAGUAUCUGGAAUUUGUUGGGGUAUGCUGCGUUGGCGGUGCCUGUUACUACUGUUUCUAGGACGAUGGAUCUGCCGGAUGAGGAGUGGUUGGGUGAUGUCCCAAAGAAUGCGAGUGAGAGGUUUAAUAUCGAGCAGUAUGAUGUUGAUCUCGUCGAGGGAAUGCCUGUCGGACUGCAGGUUGUUGGAGGCCGGUUUGGAGAGGAGAAGUGUAUUGCGGUGGCCAAGGCUAUUGAACAUGCAAUGAAGCGACGUAAUGUAACUCGGGCGAGCCUUUUAACUUAG